AUGCUUAACAUUAAUCUUACAAAUCAAUUCAACAAAACUGUGUCUAAAACUACAGCUCUGACUUCACUGUAUCCAAAUUCUGAUUUCAAGCGAACUUCAGUCCCACAAGACAAAAUUUCUUGGUCAGUUCCAUGGCCAGAUUAUAUCCCAGUAGAUUACACAGCACCAUCUAUUCUGAAAGGACCUGUGUGGGCAGAUCCACCCAUUGGCUCCACUGAUUUCACACCCAGAUAUGAGAAAGAUGGAAAAGUUGAAUGUCAGCAUCAUAAUGGCAAGUACGAUGUGGUUGACAGAUAUCCAAGGAAUCAUAUCGGGUGCACUGGAUUGAAAGGCAGAGGUCUUCUGGGCAGGUGGGACCCCAACCAUGCUGCUGACCCCAUUGUUACAAGGUGGAAGAGUGACAGAAGUGGAGAGAUUAUUAUGCACCCAGUGUCUGAGAAACCAGUUUUACAGUUUAUCUCAAUUAAAAGGCUUGAUUGUGGAGAGUGGGCAAUCCCAGUGGGAAUGGUGGAUCCAGGAGAGAAGUUAUCUGUUACACUGAAGUGGGAGUUUGGAGAAGAGGCACUAAACUUCCUGCAAAAAUCCGAGUCUGUGAAGAAGAAAAAGCUACAGGAUAAACUUUGA